AUUGUAACAAUCUCAUAAUCUCAUUUCCUCUUUAAAGUUUACCUGGGAGUCCCAAACUUUUUUUUUUUUUUGCCUUAGCUCUGUCACUAUGUAAAAAAGGAACUCAAGCCACGUGUUGCAAUUCUGUGGUAUUGCGGUGAAAUGAAGCAUCCCUUUCCUUUCAGAGUUUAGAAGUAUUUAUAAGGGAGACAGCAUUUUGCUUCCUUCAGAUCACAAAAUCAACCUGCCUGGCAACUUCAGCUAACAGGCAUCACGGAAAAAGAUGUCUCACCUACUAUUUGCCUUACUUUCAUUAUUUUCCUUUGCUGCCCUUCUGGAAGCACAGUGGAAACUGAGGGAAAAUGUGUACGUCAUAGAAUCACAGUGGAAUGAUGAGACACCAGCUAAAAGAGUGGAGCUCACCUGUAACACAUCUGAUGAAGCACUGCCAGUUUACUGGAAAAAGGGCAGCGAACUGCAAGGAACUGGAAAGACUCUGAUUGCCGAAGUGAAAGAGUUCCCAGAUGCUGGCAACUAUACCUGUCUGACUGCUAAUACCCAUGAAAUCAUCAGCUAUGAUUUCUUCCUCAUAACUAAAAUAGACUCUAAUGGGCAAAUGAUAAGAUCAAUUCUGAAAAGCUUUAAAGAACCAAACAGGACAUUUUUAAAAUGCGAGGCAAAGAACUACUCUGGAAUUUUCAUGUGUUCAUGGAUGACAGAAAAUGAGAGUCCAAAUGUGAAGUUCACAAUCAGAAGUCUAAAAGGGUCUCAAGGAGAUGUAACCUGCAGCAGUCCUAUAGCUCACACUGAUAAAUCAGUGACUGAAUACACAGCCCAGUGCCAGAAAGAAAACUACUGCCCAUUUGCUGAAGAGCACCAGCCAAUUGAGAUGUUCCUGGAGGUCAUUGACGAGGUGGAAUAUGAGAACUACACUAGCAGCUUCUUCAUCAGAGAUAUCAUAAAACCCGACCCACCCCAAUGUCAGUAUGCAGCCACAAAUGGAACAGUAACCUGGACAUAUCCCAGAACAUGGAGCACACCAAAGUCCUACUUCCCUUUGACUUUCAGGGUCAAAGUUGAAAGUACAAAGAAACACAAAAGCCAGGUCUAUGAUGCUGAUGAGCAGUCUAUUCAGAUUCCAAUGACUGGGCCAAAAGACAAGAUCUCUGUGCAGGCCAGGGAUCGCUAUUACAAUUCAUCCUGGAGUGAGUGGUCUUCACUUUGCAGAUAACCAGUAAGAGCUUCUAGGAGAAUGGCACAAUGCUCCUAAAGAAAGCAAAGAAUGAAUUAGCACAAGAACAUAAGCAUAAUUAGAAGAAAAAUCUGCAUUUGAGAUUAUUAAGAAGCCAUACCAUAACUUUUUUGUAAUAGAUUAAUAUGGUCCUGAUUUUGGCAGCUCUUUUAAAUUCCCCAGAUUUGAGUAACACUUUUAGCAUACAUCAUGUUAUAUUAACAUGUAUAGUAUUUUGAUACAUUGCUGUCAGCUAUUAUUGUACGUUCCACGUAUUAUUCUAUUGCAUUUAUUUAUUUAUUUAUUUAUUUAUUUAUUUAUUUAUUAUUUACUUGAUAUGACUUGCAAUGCCAGAUUAUGGCAGUUGCUAUUCAAACUGUUUCAUGUGUUAAUUUAUUUAGAAAGUAACUUACUGAAAGAACUGGUUUAGUAUUCCAUUAUUUAACGGUUUAAUUAUUUGAUUAUUUAAUUAUUUAUUUUUAUUUAUUUUGUUGAAAUGUAUCAGCAUAGAAAGCCUUGGCUGCAUGAGGCAGCUAUGUAUCAUGUAUCAGGGCCAUCCUCAUCCUCCAAUCUGAUGGCAGUCAUUUUAGUAAAAGAAGGAAUUGCAAGUUCAGAGUCCUAGAAAUGUUAGCUGCUGCAUUUUGUCAGCUGUCUGUGCUUACAUCAUGUUGAUGCCCAACUGCUGAACACUGCAAAUGGUUGUUGCAUGAGAGAUAAACCACUCUCAAAGCUCUGCGCUUGCAGCUGAACCCAAGCUGCAGUGGAAGCAAUGGAAGUGCUAGUGUCUAGGCAGCUUUGAGGUGCUGUGGUUGAAAGAGUCCUGUUGCCACCUCUCAUGAACAUGAAAGGAAAUGGGAGCCAGAAGCUGAAUAUAACAUCUCCUAAACAAAACUCCCUUUCUUUCAUGCUUGUGAUCACUAGAUGCUCUUUAUUCAGUACUCAUGUGUACCCAGUGCAUCUCUCGCAGUGGAGUUUUCUGGCAAUAAAAUUAAUUCAGACCUGCUGUGCCACAGGCAAAACCACAAUGCACAAGCAGUCAGGAAUCUGCAACUGAAACCAAGGCAGCUUAAAUUAUUUAAAAGUUUAACUGCCGUGUAUCUGAUAUUUCAGCAAGCAAUUGCUAACUGGUUUUAUAUGUGGAUGUUAAGCAUCUAAUUAAAGUUAGAGCUUUAGAAUACAGAUUUUUAUAGUUCAUUUUGAAAGUAUUUCCCUACUACUGCAACAUAUGCUAGGUGUCUUCACAGAACCUUAGGAAAAAAACCUCAAAUCCUGGUUCUGAACUGCUUAUAGUGUAAGCCCCCAGGCAUGGAAAGAAGCAGAAGCAUGUGUUGAAGCCUAUACAUUUUUGUCAAACCACCGAAGUCCUGACUUUCAAGAGGGCAAAAUACAUUAAAAUAUCUUUGAGUAUUUAGGCCUUAAUCCCUGAUACAGAAUCACUGAAAUUAAAGAAAGACUUCCAUUGUGACCAUGCUUCGUUUUUUUCCAGUCUUAGCAAUGGGUGGUAAUUUAAGAUAUUUAAACAUUGAAAUGUGGGAAGUAUCUGAUAUUUCAGAAAACUGUUGAUAAUCUAGCUACAAGUGCCGUUAGUAUUUAUUAAGUGUACGCAUCUUAUUUCUGCUAUAAAUGCAAUUUACUGUGCUUGUUUUAC